ACCGUCUCACUGCCUAGACGGGCACGAAGAGGACUACAAAUAAGACCGAGAAAACUGUGGAGUCACACAGUAUUCCCCCCUGAACUGAAGAUUCACUGAAAACAAAGCUUCAUCAAAGAACACAGCAGCAGUCAUGGCUCAAGCUCUGGACAUCGAUCACUGGAACCUGGAGUGUGAGUUCAACAACACCGACCAUCGUACUGAUCUCAACGGUGUGGAUCGCCUGAUUGUGAGGAGAGGCCAACCCUUCACAAUCAGCUUGUACCUUCGCUCUGGAAACUACCAGCCAGGAGUCAGCUCUCUUGAAUGCAUUGCAGAAACAGGUCCUCAACCCUCUGAGCAGUAUGGCACCAAGGCCACCUUUGGUCUGUCUGCCAACAUUGACACUUCUCGCUGGAGCGCCACCGUCACCAGCCCCCCCGGGGAUAUGGUGGCCCUGUGCAUCUGUUCUGCCCCUGACGCACCUAUAGGCCGCUACACCCUGACCCUGGGGAGUUCUGGGAGGAUUGAGUUGAUCCUGCUCUUUAACCCGUGGUGCCCAGGAGACACUGUAUACAUGAACAAUGAGGAGAAUUUGGCAGAGUAUGUAUUAUCUCAGGAUGGACUUAUCUUUCGAGGCAGCUACAAACACCCCAUACCAACCCCAUGGAACUUUGGCCAGUUUGAAAGUGGAAUCCUGGAUAUCUGUCUGAGGAUUCUGGAUAUGAAUCCUAAAUGUCUAAAGAAUCCUGGCAAAGACUACUCAGGGAGGAGAAAUCCCAUCUAUAUUUCCAGAGUGCUAAGUGCAAUGGUGAAUUGUAAUGAUGACAAAGGGGUGUUGCUGGGAAAAUGGUCUGAUGGAUAUGAAGGAGGUGUCAGCCCUAUGUUCUGGCGGGGCAGCGUGGAGAUUCUGCGCAACUGGGACACACAAGCCUGUCAGCCUGUUCGCUAUGGACAGUGCUGGGUGUUUGCUGCAGUGGCCUGUUCUGUUUCCAGAGCCCUUGGCAUCCCCUGCCGAGUUGUCACCAACUACCUGUCGGCCCACGACACCAACAGCAACCUGGUGAUUGAACGCUACAUCAAUGAAAAUGGAGAUCUCGUUCAAUCUAGAGAAAUGCUCUGGAAUUAUCACUGCUGGGUGGAGAACUGGAUGACCAGGCCUGACCUGAAACCUGAAUUUAACGGCUGGCAGGCCAGUGACCCUACACCUCAGGAGAAAAGUGAAGGGGUGUACUGCUGUGGCCCAGUCCCUGUCAGGGCCAUCAAAGAGGGUGAGCUCAUGUCCAAGUAUGAUGCCGCGUUUGUCUUUGCUGAGGUCAACGCUGAUGUCAACACCUACAUGAAGAAAAAAGAUGGCAGCACAUCAAAAGUAAUUUCCACUACAGCCGUGGGCCAGAAGAUCAGCACAAAGAGUGUUGGCAGGGAUACCAGAGAGGACAUCACUCAUCUGUACAAGUACCCUGAAGGUUCUGAUGAAGAGAGAGAGACUUUCAAGAAGGCCAACCACCAAAAUAAGCUGCUCCAGCAGCAGCAGAAUGAAGGCCUACACCUCACUAUCAAGGUCACAUCAGACAUGAGGAAGGGCUGCGACUUUGACGUGUAUGCUGUGGUUACUAACAACACGCAAAGCGACAAGAAGUGCCGCCUGCUGUUUGGAUCCUGCGCCAUGUCCUACAAUGGGUUUCUGGGAGGAAACUGUGGUUUUAAAGAUCUGCUGAAUGUUGAACUCUCACCAGGAGGAGAGAGGAAAGUUCCACUAAGGCUGAACUACUCUAAGUAUGGUGAUCUUCUCACUGAGGACAACUUGAUCCGUCUGGCAGCUCUGUUGUUGGACUACAGUACCAGAGAGCCAAUACUGGCAGUGAGAAACAUUGUGCUGGAGAAUCCUGCAAUUAAAGUCAGAAUCCUGGGUGAGCCAAAGGAGAAUCGGAAGUUGGCUGCAGAGAUCACCCUCCAAAACCCUCUGCCAGAGCCUCUGGAGGGAUGCUGCUUCAGCAUCGAGGGGGCCAACCUCACUGGGGGACGCGCCAUCUCUGAAAGGCUGAGCUCCUCAGUGGGACCAGGAGAAGAUGCCAAAGUGAAAAUCUACUUUACUCCCACCCAUUCUGGACUGAGAAAGUUGGUGGUUGACUUCGACAGCAACAAGUUGUGUCACGUCAAGGGCUACAGAAAUGUCAUUAUCGGAAAAUAAAGGGAGUAUUCUGCACAUCAUAUUGUGCCAUCUAACUAUUAGCAAAUGUACCUUCUUUUGCACAGUGUUUACAUAGAUAAAAUGCUUUUCUACUCAAAUACUUCAGAAGCUCACUGUAUAUUGUGUGCUCUCUGUUUUGAUUCAGAUAUAUUUAAAUGUGACCAGAGGACGCUCUGUUCUCAUGAAAGCUAAUUUGAUCUGUGCAUGCAAAACUUUUUAAACAGAAUGUCUUCUUUCUUCUCACAAUCUGAACUGACGAUUAGUAGUGACGAUAAGUACUAUGUACUAUUUUUUGUUAUACCUUUUCAGUGCACUAUAAUAAAAAGAGCUGUUACACGUCUAA